GCACUGGAGGGGAGCAGCGCCCCCUGCAGCCGCGUGGAGGCGACAGGAGCGUCGCAGACCGGGGAAGAGUCCCUGAAGAAUGGGGGACGUCGUAGGGGGGCUGAGUCCCGCUUGAGUGUCAUCACUGCGUCCUCCCCGCAUAGGGGCCGAGUCCUGAUUUGUGUCGGAGGCCGCAUUGCCUCACGGACAUCGAGAGCGUGGCGGCGGCGCACUGAUGGGAGGGGACCAUAGCGGUGACCUCGGGGGCGCCCCAACCCCCUGGGCUCCUGACACCCGGCGGGAACUCGGGUGGAGAAAGGGAGGCCGCUAAGCCGCACCGGCCCCCGCCUCACUGGUGUCGAGCGAAGGUGUUAAGGGAGCCCUGCGCCCUAGCCGCCCUGCGAGGCACCGGCCGGGUCCGGACGCUGGCAGGCAGCGCCCUCCGCCGCCUUUAAAGCCGGGGGCACCCCUGGCCCCCCCCAGCCCCACCCCGCGGCGCGGUCCCGCCCCCUCAUGCAUAUGCAGGUGCGCGGGUGACGAAUGGGCGAGCGAGCUGUCAGUCUCGUCCCGAACUUGUUGGCUGCGGUGCUGGGAACGCCGGCGCGCAGAGCUGAGGCCGGGACCCGCCGCCGCCGCUGCCGCCGCCGCCGCCACCGCUGCCGGGUGGGAGCCAGGCCCGGCCGCCGGAGAGCGGCCGCCAGCCAGCCGGAGCCGCCGCCGCCCCUGCACACUCGCCACCCAGGUCCGCGCGCCGCGCCGCGGCGCUGCGCUCGACCCCGCCCGCGCCGCCGCCGCCUCCUCUGCCACUGCCGCUGCUGGCGUUCAGAGGGCCGGCAGGCGGGCGCUGGGAGGCCGGCGCGGCGACCCGGAGCCGGGCGCGGGCGGCGGCGGCGGCGGCGGCAGCGGCAGCGGCGGCGGGGCCGGGCGGGCGGGGUCGGGGCAGCGAUGCAGGCACGGGGCUGGGGUCUCCAGUCCGGGCGGCUGUUGCUGCUACUGGCGCUCUGGGUCCAGGCGGCGCAGCCCAUGGGCUAUUUCGAGCUGCAGCUGAGCGCGCUGCGGAACGUGAACGGGGAGCUGCUGAGCGGCGCCUGCUGUGACGGCGACGGCCGGACGACGCGCGCGGGGGGCUGCGGCCACGACGAGUGCGACACGUACGUGCGCGUGUGCCUUAAGGAGUACCAGGCCAAGGUGACGCCCACGGGGCCCUGCAGCUACGGCCACGGCGCCACGCCCGUGCUGGGCGGCAACUCCUUCUACCUGCCGCCGGCGGGCGCUGCGGGGGAUCGAGCGCGGGCGCGGGCCCGGGCUAGCGGCGACCAGGACCCGGGCCUCGUCAUCAUCCCCUUUCAAUUCGCCUGGCCGCGCUCCUUCACCCUUAUUGUGGAGGCCUGGGACUGGGACAACGACACCACCCCAAAUGAGGAGCUGCUGAUUGAGCGGGUGUCACAUGCGGGCAUGAUCAACCCUGAGGACCGCUGGAAAAGCCUGCACUUCAGCGGCCACGUGGCACACCUGGAGUUGCAGAUCCGCGUGCGCUGUGAUGAGAACUACUACAGCGCCACCUGCAACAAGUUCUGCCGGCCCCGGAAUGACUUUUUUGGCCACUACACCUGUGACCAGUAUGGCAACAAGGCUUGCAUGGAUGGCUGGAUGGGCGUGGAGUGCAAGGAAGCUGUGUGCAAACAAGGAUGUAACCUGCUCCAUGGGGGAUGCAGUGUGCCCGGGGAGUGCAAGUGCAGCUAUGGCUGGCAGGGGAGGUUCUGUGACGAGUGUGUCCCAUACCCCGGCUGCGUGCAUGGCAGCUGUGUGGAGCCCUGGCAGUGCAACUGUGAGACCAAUUGGGGUGGCCUGCUGUGCGACAAAGACCUGAACUACUGUGGCAGCCACCACCCUUGCACCAACGGGGGCACGUGCAUCAAUGCUGAGCCUGACCAGUACCACUGUGCCUGCCCGGAUGGCUACUCGGGCAAGAACUGUGAGCGGGCCGAGCACGCCUGUGCCUCUAACCCAUGUGCCAACGGGGGCUCUUGCCAUGAGGUGCCGUCCGGGUUUGAAUGCCACUGCCCAUCUGGCUGGAGUGGGCCCACCUGUGCACUUGAUAUUGACGAGUGUGCCUCGAACCCCUGUGCGGCUGGUGGCACCUGCGUGGACCAGGUGGAUGGCUUUGAAUGUAUCUGCCCGGAGCAGUGGGUGGGGGCCACCUGCCAGCUGGACGCCAAUGAGUGUGAAGGGAGGCCGUGCCUUAACGCUUUUUCUUGCAAAAACCUGAUUGGCGGCUAUUACUGUGAUUGCCUCCCGGGCUGGAAGGGCGCCAACUGCCACAUCAACAUCAACGACUGUCAUGGGCAGUGUCAGCACGGUGGCACCUGUAAGGACCUGGUGAAUGGGUACCAGUGUGUGUGCUCGCGAGGCUUCGGAGGCCGACACUGCGAGUGGGAGCUAGAUGAGUGUGCCAGCAGCCCCUGCCGCAGUGGCGGCCUCUGUGAGGACCUGGCCGGCGGCUUCCGCUGUCACUGUCCCAAGGGCUUCUCUGGACGGCUCUGUGAGGUUGAUGUGGACUUGUGUGAACCAAGCCCCUGCCGGAACGGCGCGCGCUGCUACACCCUGGAGGGUGACUACUAUUGCGCCUGCCCGGACGGCUUUGGCGGCAAGAACUGCUCCGUGCCCAGGAAGCCGUGUCCAGGCGGGGCCUGCAGAGUGAUUGAUGGCUGCGGGUCCGAGGCAGGGCCCAGGGUGCCGGGCAUGUCGCCCUCCGGAGUGUGUGGCCCCCAUGGGCGCUGCAUCAGCCAGCCCGGGGGCAACUUCUCCUGCGUCUGUGACAGCGGCUUCACCGGCACCUACUGUCACGAGAACAUCGACGACUGUCUGGGCCAGCCCUGCCACAACGGGGGCACGUGCAUCGACGGUGUGGGCGCCUUCCGCUGCUUCUGCCCCAGUGGCUGGGAGGGCGAGCUCUGCGACACCAAUCCCAACGACUGCCUUCCUGAUCCCUGCCACAGCCGCGGCCGCUGCUACGACCUGGUCAAUGACUUCUACUGUGCGUGUGACGAUGGCUGGAAGGGCAAGACAUGCCACUCACGCGAGUUCCAGUGUGAUGCCUACACCUGCAGCAACGGUGGCACCUGCUAUGACAGUGGUGACACCUUCCGCUGCGCCUGCCCCCCAGGCUGGAAGGGCAGCACCUGCACCGUGGCCAAGAAUAGCAGCUGCCUGCCCAACCCUUGCGUGAACGGGGGUACCUGCGUGGGCAGCGGGGACUCCUUCUCCUGCAUCUGCCGGGAUGGCUGGGAGGGCCGCACCUGCACACACAACACCAACGACUGCAACCCUCUGCCUUGCUACAAUGGUGGCAUCUGUGUUGACGGUGUCAACUGGUUCCGUUGUGAGUGUGCGCCUGGCUUCGCGGGUCCAGACUGCCGCAUCAACAUUGAUGAGUGCCAGUCCUCGCCUUGCGCCUAUGGGGCCACAUGUGUGGACGAGAUCAAUGGCUAUCGCUGCAGCUGCCCACCGGGCCGGGCUGGCCCUCGGUGCCAGGAAGUGAUUGGGUUCGGAAGGUCCUGCUGGUCCCGGGGUGCCCCGUUCCCGCAUGGGAGCUCGUGGGUAGAAGACUGCAACAGCUGCCGCUGCCUGGACGGCCGCAGGGACUGCAGCAAGGUGUGGUGUGGAUGGGAGCCCUGCCUUCUGACCGGCCAGCCUGAUGCCCUGAGUGCCCAGUGCCCACCGGGGCAGAGGUGCCAGGAGAAGACCCAAGGCCAGUGUCUGCAGCCGCCCUGUGAGGCCUGGGGGGAGUGUGGCCCUGAGGAGCCUCUUCCGCCCAACACACCCUGCCUGCCGCACUCUGGCCACCUGGACAACAACUGUGCCCGCCUCACGCUGCACUUCAACCGAGACCAAGUGCCUCAGGGCACCACCGUGGGCGCCAUCUGCUCUAGGAUCCGCUCCCUGCCAGCUACAAGGGCCGUGGCCCGGGACCGCCUACUUGUGCUGCUCUGUGACCGUGCGUCCUCAGGAGUCAGCGCUGUGGAGGUGGCUGUGUCCUUCAGCCCGGUGCCAGACCUGCUCGACAGCAGCCUAAUCCAGGAUGCGGCCCACGCCAUUGUGGCUGCCAUCACCCAGCGGGGAAACAGCUCGCUACUCUUGGCAGUCACUGAGGUCAAGGUGGAGACGGUUGUCCUGGGCAGCUCCUCCUCAGGUCUGCUGGUGCCCGUGCUGUGUGGCACCUUCAGCGUUCUGUGGCUGACAUGCGUGGCCAUCUGCGUGUGGUGGACCCGCAAGCGCAGGAAAGCACGAGAGCGGAGCCGGCUGCCACGGGAGGAGAGCGCCAACAACCAGUGGGCCCCGCUCAACCCCAUCCGCAACCCCAUUGAGCGGCCGGGGGGCCCGGGCAGUGCUGGGGGCCACAAGGAUGUGCUCUACCAGUGCAAGGACUUCACGCCUCCUCUUCGCAGGGCAGAUGAGGUCCUCCCCGGGCCAGCGGGCCACCCAGGCAGCAGGGGGGACGAGGAGGAUGAGGAUAUAGGGCGCAGCGAGGGGGACUCCCUAGAGGCAGAGAAGUUCCUCCCGCACAAAUUCACCAAAGACCCUGGUCACUCGCCAGGGAGGCCAGUGCACUGGGCCUCAGGCCCCAAAGUGGACAACCGAGCUGUCAGGAGCGUCCAUGACACGUGCUACGCCAGCAAGGAAUAGGACCCAGGAGCCCUCGCUGAGCACCACACACCUGCUGGACCUGGAGGCCACGGCCGUGUGCAUAGUUUCUUUAUUUUGUGUAAAAAACACCAAAAACAAAAAAAUGUUUAUUUUCUACGUUUCUUUAACCUUGUAUAAAUUAUUCAGUAACUGUCAGGCGGAAAACAAAGGAGUAUUCUCGGAUAGUCGCUAUUUUUGUAAAGUUUUCGUGCAUCGCACUUAUGUGGCAGGAAAGAGCAAAGGGUGUCUGUGUUUUCACCAAAUUGUAUAAUGUUUGUUACCAGAGGUCGUGCACUGUUUACAGAAUCUUCCUUUUUAUUCCUCACUUGGGUUUCUCUAUGGCUCCAGGCCAAAGAGCCGGUGAGACCCGUGGCUGAUGGCGUGGCCUGAGGCUGUCAGUGGGACCCGUGGCUGUAGGUGGGACCUGAGGUGGCUGGCGUGACCCUGGUUACUGAUGUGGCUGUGGUCGCUGGCAUGGGCCAUGGCUGUUGGCAGCUUCUGUGCUUGUCAGUGGGGCUUGAGGUCUUUGGCAUGGCCUGAGCAUCGCUCUCGCUGGCCAGUCCCGUGCCGCCUACUGUCCUUGCUCCCGCCCAGAGUGCCCGCUCCCAAGAUCUGUCCACUGUGCUUUCAGAAGUGCCCUUCCCGACUGCGUGGUUCUCCCCUCCCGGGACGGCAGCAGUAUUGAAGCUCGUGACAAGUGCCUUCACUCAGACUCUCCCCGCAACUGUCAGCACUCACUGUGGGCACCAGUGCUGCCCACCUGCGGGUCCCGGCCACCCUCCUCGUGAAAGUGCAUUUUUAUAAAUAUGUACAUAUUAAAUGAAUCACUCUGUAUAUUUGAUUUAAUAACUUAAACGUUUUUGGCCUCCCUUG